CUCCUGCCUUCAGAUUUAUGUAUCUCCUAUCAAUAAUCGAAUUCAUUUGUCUCGAUACAAUAGAAGGUCUAGUAAUUUUCCGUGUUUUCAUUUUGAUAGGAAAUGAAUGAACAAGCCUUUUUGACGUUGGGGAACGUUUAUACCGAAUCUAAGUCGACAUCAAGUAAAUAUGUUGCACUGAGACGCUUCAAAGCGUUCUUCGGCGUUACUCCCCGAAUUUGCAGUCUGACAUGGGACAAAAUUAAACAAAGUGUACCGAGUGGAGGUGCUCCGAAACAUCUCCUGUGGAGCUUAUGUUUCUUAAAACAAUAUUCAGUGGAACAUAAUCGGCGAUCAAUAUUUCACGCCGACGAAAAAACUAUCUGUAAAUGGACGUGGAUAUUCGUUGAGUUACUCUCAGAGUUAGACGUGAUUGAUUGGGAAGACCGUUUCGAAGGCGCCGCGAACGGACAGACAUGCUUUGUUACGAUCGACGGAGUUGACUUCAAAAUUAAUGAACCAACGCCAUUCAGUGCUGGAUGGUACAGUCAUAAAUUCAGAGCUGCUGGUCUGCGGUAUGAAAUAUCUCUGAAUAUUCGAACUGGAUUCAUAGUUUGGGUAUUCGGUGGCUACCCUUGUGGUUUGUAUCCCGAUUUGAAACUUGCACGUGAAGCUUUUGUACCAUCUUUAAAAAAUGGUGAACGUGCCAUGGCUGACAAAGGGUACAAAGAUGCAAAACGUUUCAUUUUACCCAACAUUACAAAUACAAAAGAACAUGCGUUGUACAUGUCACGUCAUGAAACCGUUAACCGACGCAUAAAGCAGUUUCAAAUACUCAAGCAAGUUUAUCGUCAUUCUAUACAAAAACAUCCAAUGAUUGUGCAUGCAGUUGCAAAUUUGACGCAAUUGAUGCUAAAAAAUGGGCAUCCUUUAUUUUGCGUCAUUUGAUUCCUAAAAUCAUUUUAGAUAAUAUCGCUUGAUUUUUUAAAAUAAAUCCAGUUG